UGGUAAUUUACAACAAAAAAAGAGGCAAAAAACCAUAUAUAUGUAUAAUCUCUAAUUGACCAACAUAAACCACAAAAAAAUGGCUCAAUCACUAAACCUUACGUCUCUUCUCUGUCUCACCUUCUUCAUCUCAUCUUUCUAGCUUACGCAAACACAAGCAAGAAACCGCCAAACUUUAACCGGAGUAACCGAUAAAAACCAUAUUUUAUUCAUGCCAGAGAAUCACCGGAGCACGAUGGAUGAGGAAAACGAGCAAGAGCCAGCCUUUGUCCGAGAGACUGGACAUGGUUAUGGUCUCUAUGGCCAUCGUGAGAUUCACACCAACAACGACGAAAACAAGAACAGUGACAACGAUCAAUUUUACUAUAGAAGCGACGCUUAUGGAAACCGCGAUGGUAGAUUUAAGUAGAGAGAUUGAGAUUUGUUUUGUUUUCGAUAAUUUGGAAUUCAGUUAUGUUUUGUAACCGAAAUGUUAAACAAAGUUUUUUGUAGUUUACUUUAGAGAACUUUUAUCUUUCACAAUUUUUUUUUUUUGGUUACAACAAGAUAAUCCUUCAAUAAAUAAAUAAAUUGUAAUUAUUGAUACUAUAAUAAUAAUAGAAGUGAC